GCAGAGAGGGAACCCUCCGUCCAGCAAUCGGUCUUUCCUACCCAGUCGAAGAAGCAAGAAAGAAGUGGUUGAGAUUUCUAAGCUCUCUCUAUAUAUACCUACAUCAGCAAAGUUUUUGCUGAGUGUAUGAAAAGACAGCAACCUUAGCCUUCGUUUGUGCUCGAGAUCGUCAUGGCAAGAAUCCUCGUCCUCUGCGUGGUCCUUAUUGCCAGCCUCUAUCAGGCUGCGUGCCAGCAGUGCUCCAAUGUCUGCCGCUGCCCGAAGGGGCCGCCCGUGUGUCCCGUGGGCGUGAGCCUGGUGGCCGACGGCUGCGGCUGCUGCAAGGUCUGCGCCAAGCAGCUGGGAGACGUCUGCACGGAGGCGGACUCGUGCGACCCGCACCGCGGCCUCUACUGCGCCUUCAGCACCGACCUGCAGAUCAGGAUCGGCGUCUGCUCUGCUCGCGACGGAGUGCCGUGCGAGCUGGGAGGCACCAUGUACCUCAACGGCGAGAGCUUCGAGCCCAGCUGCAAGUACCGCUGCACGUGUGUGGACGGAGCCAUCGGCUGCGUGCCGCUGUGCGCGCAGGACGUGCGGCUGCCCAGCGCCGACUGCCCGCACCCGCGGCACGUCAAGCUACCCGGCAAGUGCUGCGAGGAGUGGGUGUGCGACGGACGCAAGGAGCCCAACUCCACGCCACUCGGGGGAUUCGCCCUACCCGCGUACCGCCAAGAGGAGACCUACGGGCCCGACCCGGAAUCGGUGCGUGACAACUGCAUCGUGCAGACCACCGAGUGGAGCGCCUGCUCGCACACGUGCGGCCUCGGGGUGUCGUCGCGGGUCACCAACGACAACCGCCAGUGCCGCCUCGAGCGACAGACUCGCCUGUGCACGGUGCGACCCUGCGACGUGCCGCUACAGGAUGUCAUCAAGAAGGGCAAGAAGUGCAUGCGCACCCCGAAGGCGGCCAAACCCAAGCGGCUCGAGUUCUCCGGCUGCACGAGCGUCAAGACGUUCCGGCCCAAGUACUGCGGCCAGUGCACAGACGGGCGCUGCUGCACCCCGCACCACACGAGCACGGCCUCCGUGGACUUCCGCUGCCCCGGCGGCGAACGCCUGCGCCGGCAGGUCAUGGUCAUACACACGUGCGCCUGCCACUACAACUGCCCCAGCGCCAACGACGUCUUCGACUCGCCCUACCAGCGGCACAUGAUCGGAGACAUGGCCAAGAAGUGAACGGGGGUUUGCCGGCAGAGACAAGACGGACAAGUGUUACCACCAUUCCCCACUGCCUCCCCCCCCCCUCCCUCCCUCCUAUUAAGUUCACCGUGGCCCAAGUGCAGCUGGAGUGGCAGCUGGCCAGGGCCCGUGGAUGAAACGAGAGCCCUCUACUGGCAGGGCAGACCCUCGAGUAUGGCUUUACAUUAUGUAACUCAGUUUGGAUGCGUUGCAUGUGCCCGUUUUUGUCAAUCCACUGCUAGAUGAGGACCUCCGUCACGCCGUUGCAGGCCGUGAGGGAUAUUUGACCAUACUUCACCACGCUGGUCAGUGCGGAUUGGUGAAGUUAGGGGAUUGGUGGGGGUGCAAUAUAGCAAUUAAGUUUGGUGCACUGCCCUCUACUGCCCACAGCGCCUGGUGCAGUAUUGGGCAUGGUGGUCAACCACGCCUCCAAGUGCUGUGCAGGCUCUGGCCCGCUUGGCUUCUGAGACGUUAGCUUCUAAGAUCUGACGAGUGAAAUUGUUAAUUAAUGUAUGUGACUCUACCCUCCGAAAAACCUUGAAAUUUGUCUUGGGGGUUGUGUGAAAAAUGAACUUGGCUACUUAUGAAUGUGGUGAAUAAUUAGAUACAGUGGUGCGUACUUAGAAAACUAAAUCAAUGCACAUUGAUGGGUUAAUACGUAAUCUGUAAUCAUGAUUGACGAUCUUUAGGCCAGGAUUGCCUUUAGUGCAUCUGAACGCGUUCCUCUAAGAACAUAACUUUACGACUGUAAAUAUUCCUACUCUUGAGUUUAUACUAAUUAAACGUACAACGUAUAAUUAUUGAAGCAUAAUUUUGUGCAAACUCAUAUAGUUCCUUAUUUAUAAAGUUCAACCUGUUUUUUAUAAUGUAAAUGUAACAUAUCUACGUGUUAACAAAGUGUGGUAUGGUGACGUUUAUGGGUCUGACAUUCAUUUCAAAUUCCGCGAUAUUUGACAACUUAUAAGUUAUUGAUAAUUUGGCACCACGUGUAGCCACUUCAUAUCUAAACAGUUUUCUCUGAUAUAAUAAUAUAUUUCUCAUACCUUUCUUUGGUUAUUCGAGUGCAGAUAAUGCAUUUCUAAUUGGUUAUCUUUUCAGGAUUUAGUGACAUGUUGUACAUAUUGUAUAUAACGUGUACAAUGUUUAACUUAUGCUGUAUAUCAACCAUGUUGCUAUCGUGUUCCAUUUCUUUUGUUUACGUGCUUUUUAGUUUCAGUGUAUUAAUAUGCAGCUUAUAGGGCAUACCUAUGUUUGCAAUGUUAUUGAAUGCAUUUGCACUUGUGCAAUAAAGUUUAUUUUUGAUACAGUU